AUGGUUUCCUAGCAGAAAGUAAACAAAGGAAAACAAGGAAAAAAAGAAGAAGAUGAAAAGAAGUAAAAGAAUUAAAUUAAUUACCUCACCCAAGAGAAAAGGAACAUUGGAUAGCAAAUGCUUUCUAAAUUUUUAGAGAAUGAUUAUAAUUUAGAAGUAGCUACAUAAUAAUAAAAGCUAUGUUGCUUGUUGGUCAUUUUAGAAAAAAAGCCAGAGGAUAGAACAUAGAAAGAAGUUAAAAUUUUAGCCCGACUAACAGAAAAUAUCAAGUUUUUCAAAGAAGUCCGCUUAAGUGAAAAUGGAAGUAGCAUACAUGAGUAACUUUGCAAGUAUUUGAUACCUAGGAGUUUUGAAGCUAAUAAGACAUUAUUUAAUCAAGGAGAUCAUGGGGAUGAGUUUUGGAUUAUUUUGACAGGAGAAGUUAAGGUCUUGAAAAGAGAAUUUGUAGAGACUGUAUCUUCAAAUGAAUAAUUAAACUCUGAAAGAGAAAGUAAAUCAAAGUAAAGUAACAGUUUACCUACAGAAUCUAGUUAAGAGAAUAAUGGACCUAUUCAAGGAGAAUUUUAAACUGUUGAGAAAGUAAGACUCGCUCCAGGAAACUGCUUCGGUGAAUUAGCUCUUGUGAGUGAAGGAGAGACAAGAAAAGCUACUGUUUAAACAACUAUGGAUUCAGAGUUUGCUGUUGUGAUGAAGGAUGAUUUUUUAAGGAUAAUUAAAGUUAUUAGCUAGAAUUCUGUGUUUAUUGAAAAGUUUGCAAGCAUGUCUUUGCUAAAUUAAUUGAAUUAUAACUAAGUUAAAUAGCUUUAUGAUAUUUGCUAUGAAAAAGAAUUUAGACACAAUAAUAUAGUUUACUCAGAGGGUGAUACACCUGAAGAAGUCUACUUUAUAAAAAGUGGGGAAUUCUCAGAAAAGAUAUUGAAAAAAGAGGAAUAUAAGUAUGAAAUAUGUUAAUCAAACAAUGAUUAACUUAGUGUCACAAAUUAGUAAAAUGUUUAGUAGAAUAAACAAAGUGGAAAUAAUAUUAAAGUCAACAGUAACAGUAGAAAGAAAGAUGAACAGCUAAAUUUAUUAAUAACUGCAUAAGAUCCCCAAAGUUAAGAUUCGAGUAAAAAAUCUAAAUUGUAAAAUUAAUUAAGUAAGCAACAACUUGAAAAAGCUAGCGAGCAACAUUUAUAGAUAUCUGAAGAUGUAAUUUUAGGAGAGUUAAUGCUAUACAAAAAUAAAAAAGUAAAAUCUAAAAAGCUGAAUCCAUUAACAGACCAUAUGAAAUCUGAUUAAUUUAUCACAUUAAAAAUAAUGAGCAUAGGCUAGUGCUUUGGUGAGGAAGAAUUAAUAUUAAAAAAAAAUAGAGAAUACAAAAGAGUCACAACAGUCAUUUGUACUUCUGAUAGUGGCAGUUUGUAUUGCUUUAAUAAAAAAGAUUUCUUAAAAAAAUUUUAUAACGACGAUAUCAUAUAUAAGAUAUUUGCAAGUUAGCUUCAAGUGAAAAGAGAAUAAAGGACUAAUUAAUUAUAAAAAUUCAGUGAUACACACAACAGUCAUGCUAAAAUCUUUGAAAUAUAAUCAAAUAUUAUCAGAGUAGUUAGGAACUGUGAUUUAGUUGAGGAUUUUGAUGAAAAAGAACACUGCUUCAUAAAACCACAGAGAUUAAACUUUAAAUCGCUUUCAUCUACCCUCUAUUAAACUCAAUAGGCUAAUAGCUAAUAGUAAUAAUAAUUAGUUUAGUAAUAAUAGAGCUCAUAAAUGAAUAGUAGUAGCCUAACCAGCUCAUCAAAUGGCCAGUCUUCUCCAAUUGUUGAAGAAUAUACAAAAUCUAUAAGAAAAGGUUAAACUGAUAAUCUUGUCAUAGAGGAAGUUUAUUAGUCUGGCAAUGAAAACAACACUGGAUCUAAUUCCUAGAAAAUCGCAGGAAAGCCUGUAGAAAGAAAUACAAUGCAGAUUCUUUAGCAAUCAACUUCAUACAACAACAAAAAAUCAUACAUGGGUACUGUUCGUAAAUCAUAAGGAAUUAUAAUUCUUUAACAAGAAUAUCUCAAGCAAUUCUACGAGAAGUAUAACAUUCCAGAGCAGGACCUGUAUUAAAAAGAUCUAACCAGCUCUUUUAAAAAAUCCAAGUAAAUCUAAGAUCAUAUUUUAGAUGGUUCUUAAACAAACAGAAGUAAUUUAGAAAAUGGAAAUCACUUUUUGGUUAGAAUGAAUGAAUUAAAAAAAGAUCAGCAACAAAAUUUAUUCAGCUACUUGCGCAAAUAGCAAUAAUCAUACGAUUCUUCUACUUAGGCGAUAAUAGUAAAUUCUCCUUUAAAUAAUUCAAAACACGAUUUACCUCUAACAUAAAACGCUAUGUCUUAAUUCAACCCUUAAACGAUCUCUAGCUUUAAAGAAUAUAUUGCUAACUUGCAUGACUAACCUGUUUUAAAUAAACUAAAUGGUUAAUUGAAAAAUACUGAGUAAAGCAGCAUGUCUUAAAGAAGGAAUAAGUAAUAAAAAAAAUCUUUUUAAUCAGAUAUUGAUUGUUAAAGGAGAGUUUCAGAUAUUAUUAAUGUUAACUCUGAUAAAAUUUAAACUCCUAAACUUAAUUUAAAUUCAUAAAAGAUCAGCUUAUCUUAUGCUGGAUCAGUAGCAGAGUAAUUAACAGAUAGAGAAAAAGAACAUAAAAGACGCUUAAGCUAAGACACAAAUCCGCUUAGUUAAUCUGAAAUGUUCAAUCAUAAAGAAGGCAUUAAGAAACAGUUUUCUUAUAAUUAAAAAAUGUCUAACCUUAGCCAAGCUUUAUAAAGAAAUUACAAAGACCACUAAUCCGAAUAGCAAAGUUAAAAUUUGUUAAUAAACACUUUUAAAAAUACAUUUUACUCCUAAAAAGCAUAAUUUGAAUAAAAUUCUCCUAAUGGGAGGAUGUUUAGCUCUUCAUAUGGUAAUUUCUCUGGUUUGAUAAAGCCAAGCAGCUCUUUAUAAAGUACCAAAUAUUACAAUCCGCUUGUAUUAAAAGUCCACUAAGAUUUUAUAGAUAAAUAAAAAAACGAGAUUCCUACUGCCACUUUGCACUCAAAAAGCCUUUAAAAAUAAAAUAGCGGAUCUAUAAGCAGCAUAUUAACGAAUUUGAAAUUAUCAAAACAUCUAAAUACAAAUAAUAACAAUAACCCAUUUCAUAGUUAAGAAAAUUAUAUUUAAUCAUCUUCUAGAACUGAAUUAAGCAGUUCAGCUCUGAAUAAAUAUCCUAAAUAAAUAUACUAAGAUAGUGAGAAGACAGAGAAAGAUAAAUUUAAUAUAUUUAGAAUUCCCAUCUAAACACCUUAAAAAAAAUCAGAACCUUAAAAUGUUAAUUCUUAAAAAAAAAUUGAAAACCAAACUUAUACAAACUAUUUCUCUACUCCUUCUAAAGAAGUAAAAACCAAGCAGUAAAUUAAAAAAAAUCUAGAUGUAAAUAUGUUGCCAUUGAAGUAUAAGCUAAAUUUGAUAGUUCAAAACAAAGACCAUCACAAAAUCACAUAAGGUAAGAUAAAAAAGAAUAUGCCUUAAUUAUAAGCACUUGGAAUAUUACAAUCUUCAGGUAUUCAUUUGUAAGAUAGACAAAAACUCUCCAAUAAUAAUUUCACUAGCAAUAAUAGUAGCAAUCAUUAAUUUUUUGAAUAAAAUUCAUGA